GGGCCUUGCGCGGCUGAGAAAAACCGGGCCUCUCUGGCCCGCGGAGGACUCGACUCACUGGUGCACGCUUUCAGCCCCGAGCAUCUGGCGUGACAUGAGGUUUCUACACGCGGCCGUGAGCUGGGAACUGGCGGAGCUAGUUAAACGGAAAGAAAAGCAAAGACCUCUGGAAAGUCAUUUGGAAACAUCUCUAAAUAUUUUAAUUGUAUAAGCCACUACAGAGAAAGUGACCCAAACAAAACUACUUAAAUAACUGAAACAGGUUCAUGUUCUGUGUCAUCAAUUCUAUCCAGAAGCUGAGGAGUCUCCCUUUGAACUGAAGGAUUGUACGAGGAUGACCUUCCAAUUUAAUUUCACUAUAGAAGACAAUCUAGAUAAUGAAUUAACGCCCCCUGGAGAUGGAACUUUGACCCCUAAUUCCUCAAAAGAGUCUUCAGUCUCAGAAAGUCAAAAAGGUAAACACAGGGACACAAAAUGUUCUACAGAGCAGUCUGUCUUGCCUCCGAAUCACUCGUGGGGACCUACGUCAGUGGGACAUGCAGCUCCCUCCCAAGACACAUGCAACUCACUCCAUGCAGCUCACAGUUCAGGGAACUUAGAGCCUCAUGAAAAACAGCCUUGCUUGAGACUUGCCAAAGAGCAUGCUGUACCUAAAGAUUUAAAGAAAGUGUUAGAAAAUAAAGUCAUAGAAACAUUACCAGGUCUCCAGCACGUUAACAUAUCAGUAGUGAAAACCGUCUCGUUGAAAGAGAACUUCCCUGGAGAAAACAUCGUUUCAAAGACCAUUUCUUCUCACUCUGAUCUGAUUACCGGUGUUUAUGAAGGAGGUUUAAAAAUCUGGGAAUGUACCUUUGACCUCCUGGCUUAUUUUGCAAAGGCUCAAGUGAAAUUUGCUGGGGGGAAAGUGUUGGAUCUUGGCUGUGGAUCAGGGUUGCUGGGUUUAAUUGCACUCAAGGAAGGGGCCAAAGAAGUUCAUUUUCAAGAUUAUAACAGUUUGGUGAUUGACGAAGUAACUUUACCUAACAUGGUGGCUAACUCCACUUUGGAAGAUGAAGAAAAUGACGGAAAUGAGCCAGAUGUGAAAAGAUGCAGGAAAUCAAAAGUAGCACAAAAACUAGGUCAAUGCCGGUUCUUUUCGGGGGAGUGGUCUAAGUUUUGUAAGCUUGUAACCAGUGAAAAACAUUUUGAAAAAUAUGACCUCAUUCUCACCUCAGAAACGAUUUACAAUCCGGAUUACUAUGAUACUUUGCACCAAACAUUCCUUCAAUUGUUAGGUAAAAAUGGGCGGGUGCUUUUGGCCAGCAAAGCACAUUAUUUUGGUGUAGGUGGAGGUGUUCAUCUCUUUCAGAAGUUUGUAGAAGAAAGGAAUGUAUUUAAGACUAGAACACUUGAAAUAAUUGACGAAGGACUAAAAAGAUUCCUAAUUGAAAUGACUUUUAAGUAUCCCAGUUAAUGUCCACAGAGUGUCCUAAGUAAAAUAAACAGAAUAACUAAAAA